UGUAAACAUUGAAUUGAAACAACAGUAAAGUAAUACGGCCAAGCUAAUAUUUGCUAACCAAAUGGAGCUUGGAGUCCAUGAAAAUUUAAAAUUCGAAAACGAAACAUUUUCCAAGUGUUUCACCUGUUUGCUCGUAACAGAUAACGACGCCCUGUCAGUGCUGAAUUGCCAGAGCAGUGAGUAUGCCAUAACCGAUUUGUUGACAAAGUAUUUCUGGUUCCAAUACGACGAUUUUCGGGAAGAUCACAUUCUGUGUGCUACCUGCUGGAAUCAGUUAAAUAGUUUUCAUCGAUUCUAUCUAAAAGUGGCGUCCAACCACAAACGACUCAAUCAGUCGACCGAAGCUGCUGAUAUUGAAGUGCUGCCCAAGGAACUCGAACUGAACAGCUUUGAAGCUAACGGUAACAGUUCGUCUCAGGAGUCGAAUCUCAAAGUAGCCGGUGACGAUCCGAUUGUAAAAGUGGAAAUUGAAUCGGAUUGUUGUUCCGAAAAAUCUUUUGACGUGCCAAAACGGAAAGUUUCUAAACGCAAAACGGGAAGAAAGCAAGCGGUGAAAAAAGAACGUAAGCCAAUUAGCUACAAGGUCAAGACUGCCCAACAGCUAGCCGACGAGGAUAAGAUCAUCAGAACUCAUGUGCAAUACACCUGUGAAACUUGCGCUGGUAUUAGCCCCACUUUCACCAGUUUCCAGAAACACGUCAAGGAUUCUCACGGAACGAAAGCCUUCAUCGUUUGCUGUGGUAGACGGUACUAUAAGAAGGUGAACCUACUGGAACAUGUCCAACAGCUGGACAAACCGGAUCUGUUCAAGUGCGACGUCUGCUUCAAAAGCUUCAUCAACAAUCAUGGAGUCCGACGGCACAAACAGCAAAUGCAUCUGCCGGACGAAAUUAAGAUCUACCGGUGUGAACGGUGUCCUAAACGGUUCGCCAAACAGAGCCACUUGUCGGUUCAUCUGAAAGGGCAUGAAACUCUGGAUAACGAAACGGCGAAGUGUGCCGAAUGUGAAAAAAGCUUUCCAUCGGAAGCACUGCUCAAAACGCACAUCAAAAUACGCCACACCCGCCCUACCGACUACAUCUGCGACGUGUGUGCCAAGGGUUUCUAUUCAAAAACGGACUUCCUUCGGCACAAAAAGGAACACGAACUGAGUCCAGCCGCGCUGCGGGUGCAGUGCGAUAUCUGUCAGCUGUGGUUCCGAAGCCGAAUUCAUCUGAAUGACCACAAAAGACGCCACAGGCAACCACCGGUCACGUGUGAUCUGUGCGGACACACAUCCCCGAACAAAAAGGCAAUGGCAAGCCACAAACGGCUGCGUCAUGGGGAAUCGAGCCUGGUGUGCCAGGAAUGUGGCAAGACCUUCAAGCGACCUAUUUCGCUGCGGGAGCACAUGGCUUCGCAUACCGGUGAUGCGCUUUACUCGUGCAACUUCUGCGAACGGACAUUCAAUUCCAGUGCUAAUAUGUUUUCCCACCGGAAGAAAAUGCACCCCGAGGAGUGGAUGCAGCUGCGGAAUGUUCAGCUAGCGGAGAGACGUGGAGAGUUGGACAGUGAGCGGUGAGGAAACGGCAAGCUGGUGAAUAAAGGUAGCUCCUAGAUUCGAA